UCGGAAUUCGAUCAGCACUGAAAGCCGAUCUCGAAACGUCCAGCGCCGAACUGGCCUGUGAACAACCACUCCGAUUACCAGGCGACUCUUCUCUGAAAGUCCGAACACUCCUAGCUUGGACGUGCACUACGCUCAGCAAGUAGCCACGAGCAUGCGCCGCAAUAAAUCGACCGCAGUACGGGAACAGCAUCGCAAGUCUUACGUUCCCAAAGCUCCCACCGCCCGUUUGUCUUCAUUCACACUGAUGGUCUACGUAGACCACUCGAACGACCUUACGAAGGCCCAUUCAUGGUCCUACAACGUAAGGAUCACUUCUUCGUCAUCGAAUGCAAUGGCAAGCACGAAACGGUCUCAAUCGACCGCCUCAAAGUUGCUUACGUCGAACCAGAGUCGAACGACGACUCCAGUUUUUCGUCCUCUGAUGAAUCGACCCAACCAGUGGUGGAGGAAACGCUUGCAGACAGCAACACCACAACCGGAAACCCGUCUCCUGAGCCCUCCAACUUCGCCACGCCUAAAAAGGUUACUAGGUCUGGUCGUGGGGUUCACUGGCCGACACGUUUCCUAGCACGGUUUUCAUUCUUGUCAGUACCCUCCGAAAACCGCACAAAAUGCAGAAUGUUUUGAAAACCCGAGAACAUUGCAAAACGUUUCGAAAACCAGAAGCAAACACGGAAAAACGUUUUGAAAACCGAUAAAAAAGAGUUGUUUCCCUGACUUCGCUGCCUAUUCGCCAUGUGUGCCAGUGCUGCUACGCAGAAGUUUAUCGAUAUCGGCGCCAAUCUCACUGACAAAGUAUUUCGUGGGUUGUACAGAGGACAGCAACAUCAUCCGGAUGAUUUGUUUACUCUUCUCCUUCGAGCUUUUAACGCAGGUCUUGAGAAAAUAAUCAUUACUGCAGGCUCUCUCGCUGAUACUGAAGAAGCUUUGGCACUGGCCAGAACGGAUUCUCGCCUUUUCUGCACUGCCGGUUGCCACCCAACACGAUGUUUGGAAUUUCAGGCCAACCCUAACGCUUAUCUGAAUGCCAUCAAGGAACUUGCCAUCCUCAACCCUGAUAAAGUCAUUGCGAUAGGAGAGUGCGGGUUGGACUACGACAGAGAAAAUUUCUGUCCCAUUACUGUACAGCGAGAGCACUUUGUUUCUCAGUUGCGUUUAGCAGGCGAACUAAAUUUGCCUCUCUUCCUACAUUGUCGUGCAGCCCACGACGAUUUUAUUCAAUUGAUCGAAGAAACCAAUUCUGUUCAUUUUCCGAAUACUCCUCUUCACGGUGUUGUUCACACUUUUGACGGCAGUUUUGAGGAUGCGAGGAGAUUACUUGCACUGAACUUUUACCUAGGACUAAAUGGUUGUAGCUUAAAGACAGAAGAAAAUCUCAAAGUCGUCAGUGCACUUCCAGUAGAUCGUAUUCUCCUGGAAACCGAUGCUCCUUGGUGUGAAAUUCGUCCAACGCACGCUGGAUACAAAUUUGUCAAUACACGAUUCACCUAUCGUAAACCACAGCAAUGGGACCCUAAAUGCUUGGUGAAGGGACGAAACGAACCGGUGAAUAUCGUUCAGGUCGCCGAAGUUGUCGCUGCAGUGAAAGGCUUAUCUCCAGCAGCGUUGGCUGCCCAGGUUUACGAAAAUACACUGCAGGUUUUUUCGUUUCCCACAGCCCCGAGUGUACUAGAAGAUAAACUCCCAGUUACGCCUUGAUUCCUUUGCCGGAUGACGUAUGUAUUCACUGUUGUCUAUUGCAUAUUCGUGGAUAUUUUUGAAAGAUAUUUCUUACGACACCCCGAUACUUUUGUUUCCUUCAACAUUGUAUAUGAGAUCGGCCGAUUUGGUCUCUGUUAUACUCUCUCCAUGUGUAAUAGCAAGCCUAUUGCUUUUUGCACUAUCCACCGCUCGUUUAUCUAUCGCUUUGUCUUCUGCGAACUUCACCCUUAUUUCUUUUAUGACCUCCCUACCAGGUUUCCGUUCAUUAGUUACUUUUUCGGGGUUCUCAUUGGAAGGGUGUCUUCUUUCUUC